GAACAGUGAGAGAAAUACUAUCAAACGGUUUGAAAUACUCGACUGUUACGACAUCACAAAGCCGGUCGAUUUGAAUUUGAGUAAAUUUCUCUUUUACUUUUUCUGUUCGGUAUUUAAUUUGUUGAAAGUUUUUGUUAAUUGUUUGACGAGUGUAUUCAAAAUGCCGCCAAAUGUAACAAGUGUUUCUACUUCAUCUCCACUAAAAGUAGCCAUCAUUGGUCAAAGUGCCUUCGCUGUCGAUGUCAUGCACAAACUAAACCAACAUGGACACAUCAUUGUAGGAGUUUUUACUAUUAUGGAUAAGGGAAAAAGGGAAGAUCCUUUAGCUAAGGCUGCAGCUGAAAAUGACAUACCAGUAUUCAAAAUAAAACUAUGGCGAAGAGCCGGAAAGCCUAUACCAGAAGUACUUGAACAAUACAAAAGCGUGAAUGCUGACCUCAACGUCUUACCAUACUGUUCCCAGUUUAUUCCGAUGGAAGUGAUAAACUACCCCAGACUAAAAAGCAUCUGCUACCAUCCAUCCAUCUUACCCAGGCACAGAGGAGCAAGUUCCAUCAAUUGGACCCUCAUCUGCGGCGACAAAAAGGCAGGCCUUACCAUCUUCUGGGCUGACGACGGUCUAGAUACUGGGCCAAUCCUCCUACAAGAAGAAUGCGACGUUCAAGAAAACGAUACGGUAGAUACUAUUUACAAGAGAUUUUUGUACCCAGUAGGUGUCACUGCAGUAGCUAGAGCAGUAGACAUGGUCGCUGAUGGUACUGCUCCUAAAGUAGUUCAAAGCGAAAAGGGUGCAACAUAUGAUCCUAUGCUGAACAAGCCUGAGUUACAAAAGAUCGACUGGAAUAAAACAGCUCUCGAAAUCCACAACUUCAUCCGUGGUAUGGACUCUGUUCCUGGAGCUAGCUGCUUGAUGAAGCUGCCAGACUCAGAGGAAUACAAAGAAGCUUUGUUGUUUGGUUCGUCGUUAUGGAAAACAGCAAUACCUAUUGGAAAAGAAAUCCAGAUCGAAGGUACUAAACCAGGAAUUAUUCACGAGGAGGGUUUGCUGUUGACAGGAUCUGAUGGAGACUACAUAAAUGUUAAAAGAGUUAAAGUAAACGGUCGCAUGAAAAACGCUUCAGUAUUAGACCAAAUUACUAAACAAGUAGAGAUUGAACUAACCCCAGAAGAAAAAGUAUUAAUUGAAUCAGUCAGGGCCGUCUGGGAGGCCAUCUUGAACAUUGAUAUUGAAGAUGACACGGAUUUCUUUGCAAGUGGGGCUGGAUCUAUGGACGUCGUCAGAUUAGUGGAAGAGGUCAAAGAACUAUUUAAAACAGAGCUAGAAAAUGAAGAUGUUUUUAUGGCGCCAGUAUUUUCCGAGUUUUGCGUGAAUGUUGUCCAGAAAAGUCGUGGAGGAAAAGGCGAACUCAAAGUAGAAUACAGAGCAAUAGAAAUGGAGGCAAAUAAAAUGAAGAUUCGUUUCCCUUGCCAACUAUUUAUUAACGGAGAAUUCAUGGAUGCUGAAGGUGGAAAAACUACUCAAACUGUAAAUCCAGCUACAGAAGAAGUGAUUUGCGACGUUCAGUGUGCUUCCAAAAACGAUGUCGAUAAAGCAGUAGCUGCUGCAAAGAACGCGUUUGAAAACGGCGAAUGGAGUAAGAUCAGCGCAAGGGAAAGGGGUCUCAUGCUCUUCAAGCUUGCUGAUUUAAUGCAAGAAUACAAAGAAGAACUAGCUACAAUAGAAUCGAUUGAUUCCGGAGCUGUGUAUACUUUAGCUCUAAAAACUCACGUUGGUAUGAGCAUUGAAACGUGGAGGUAUUUCGCUGGAUGGGCAGACAAAAUUGAGGGGUCUACGUUGCCAGUAUCUCACGCGAGACCUAACAGAAAUCUCUCGUUCACGAAGAAAGAACCCAUUGGUGUCUGUGGAUUGGUUACCCCAUGGAAUUACCCAUUAAUGAUGCUUUCGUGGAAAAUGGCUGCUUGCUUGGCAGCUGGAAAUACCGUAGUUAUUAAGCCUGCUCAGGUUUGUCCUUUAACAGCAUUGAAAUUCGCAGAAUUAUCAGUAAAGGCUGGAAUUCCACCAGGUGUUAUCAAUGUUGUGACUGGCUCGGGAUCUGUUGCUGGUCAAGCUAUAGCGGAUCAUCCUCACGUCAGGAAAUUGGGAUUCACAGGAAGUACAGAAAUAGGACAAGUCAUAAUGAAGAGUUGCGCACAAUCAAAUUUGAAAAAAGUAUCUCUAGAACUUGGAGGCAAGUCUCCAUUAGUUAUAUUUUCAGACUGUGAUCUUGACAAGGCAGUAAGACUGGGAAUGCAAAGUGUCUUUUUCAACAAAGGAGAGAACUGCAUAGCAGCUGGUCGCAUCUUCGUAGAAGACAGUAUCCACGACGAGUUUAUAAGACGAGUUGUCCAAGAAACUAGGAAAAUACAGAUAGGUGAUCCAUUGAAUAGAUCUACGUCACAUGGACCACAAAACCACUUAGCACAUAUGAAGAAAUUAUUAGAAUAUGUAGAAAUAGGUGUUAAAGAGGGGGCAAAACUGGAAUAUGGUGGAAAGAGAGUUAAUAGGAAAGGAUAUUUCUUUGAACCGACCGUUUUAAGUCACGUUGAAGAUCAUAUGUUCAUAGCUAAAGAAGAAUCAUUUGGACCUAUAAUGGUUGUAAGCAAAUUUAGCAAUGGUGAUACUGAUGGUGUCUUGAAAAGAGCCAAUGCGACGGAAUAUGGUCUAGCUUCAGGUGUAUUCACCAAAGAUAUAUCUAAAGCUUUAAGGUUUGCUGAGAAAAUUGACGCUGGAACAGUUUUCGUAAAUACGUAUAACAAAACAGAUGUAGCAGCACCUUUUGGAGGAUUCAAGCAAUCAGGAUUUGGUAAAGAUCUAGGAAGAGAAGCAUUGAACGAAUAUUUGAAAACAAAAUGUGUUACCAUUGAAUAUUGAGAAGAGAUUACCUGUAUCUACUUAAUAUAUAUUAUUUUUUAUAUUUAUUAUAUAAAACUUUUUUAUACUUUGUAUUAUAAGAAUAAGUUAUUUAAGAAAUAAAAUUGUGAUAUUUU